UGUGGUCUGACUGUAUAUCAAAAACAGAUGUUAUUUAAAUAUUAUUUAAUAUCUUCUUUAUUUAUUUUUACGACUGGGCAAGGCCUUUUCGGUGGCUGUGGAAUACGCCCACCCUUCCAAUUACCUCAAUUACAACUUCCAUGUCCUCCUCCCUGCCCGCCUCCGUGUCCUCCAGCUAUUCCCUGCCCUCCACCAAUUCCCUGUCCACCAACAUUUUGCCCUCCUCCAGUCAUCUGUCCACCUCCCCUUCCACCACUGCCAUGCCCUCCACCUCUUCCACCGCCUCCACCCUGCCCCUUGCCAACACCCUGUACAUGUCCUCAAAUGGGUGGGUUUGGAGGAGGUUUUGGAGGUCCACAAAUUGGCUAUCCUUUGGGAGGCUAUCCAAGCAAUGAUUGUUGCUGUCAAUGCAGUACUCCAUGCCGAUAUAUGGGGAGGGCUAGAACACACGGUUCUCAAAUAUUUGCUGCUCCAACAGAAGACCAAACAGAAGACGACCCAACCUGCAACAGCAGAAAGCUUAGAACAGCUAUACAAGAAAAUAUAAUUGGUGAUGAUCCGAAUAGUUCAAAGAGGGCAAUACAAAAAGUAGCAGAAGAAAAACUUUUUGCAAAAAUAAAUGUAAAAUAAAAAAUAAUUUUUAAAUUAAAAACCUCGUUAUAAGAUACCCCAUAAGCAUUCUUUUCUCCCAAACAAUAUCCUCUAUUUAACAUACACUCAUUAUAAGAUACCACUAUUAUAAGAUACACUCCUGUUAAGAGACGCUCUUUAAAAUCUGGUUGGCCACUGGGUGG